AUGACGUGGCCGGUGCUAAUUGGCGGCUCGACGAUCGUCUGCCCCAUCGUCAGCUUCGCGAAGCCAAUUUUAGGAGAACUUCCAAGCUGUGCUGUUAUGUUUGACCGGGUCUCCCAACAUCCUCCGCUGCCCGAUGGCGUGGCGGGUCCUAAUUGGCGGCUCCGCCUCCGGGAGCCGCCAAGGGAGAUAAGGAUGGAGGGAAGAAAGCGAGUGGAGAAGGACACGGCACAAAAGGUGAAGGAAAAAGCGCAGGUGGUGGAUCUCAGUGGGAUGAGCUUGAAUUCCCUCUCGAACCCUACUAUGGAAUUGUUCUGCAUUACCAAGCUCGACCUCUCCAACAACAACCUUGAGAGCAUUCCAGAAUCACUUACAGCGAGGCUUUUGAACUUGGAGGUAUUGGACGUGCAUUCGAACCAGCUGAAGGCGCUGCCCAACUCUAUUGGUUGCGUUACCAAGCUCAAGGUCCUCAAUGUCUCCAGCAACCUUCUUGUGUCCCUCCCGAAGGCCAUUGAAAAGUGCCGGGCUCUAGAGGAGCUGAUUGCAAACUUCAACCAGCUGACCAGGCUCCCGGACACCAUGGGCUGCGAGCUGACCAACCUCCGGACUCUCUCAGUUAACUCCAACAAGCUGGCCUUCCUCCCGUCCUCCACCUUCCACCUGACCUCCCUGCGCUCCCUCGACGCCCGCCUCAACUGCCUCAGCUCCCUCCCUGACGGCCUCGAGAACCUUAUCCGCCUCCAGUCCCUCAACCUCAGCCAGAACUUCCACCACCUGAGCUCCCUCCCCUUCUCCCUCGGCCUUCUCGUCUCCCUCACCGACCUCGACGUCAGCUACAAUAACCUCACCGCGCUUCCCAACUCCCUCGGCUGCCUCGCCAAUCUCCGCGCCCUCCAUGUUGAGGGCAACCCCCUGGUUAGCCCUCCCCCGGACGUCGUCCAUCGAGGAGUAAACGCCAUGCGUGAGUACUUGAGUGCAAGGUUGAACGAGAGAACGAAAAGAGACGGCCUUCCGUCGACCAUGACGUCGUUCGUCGGAAAGCUGGUGAAAUGCACAACGUUCAGUGGCCGGAGGAUAUCGACCGGCGGGUUAGAGCGGGAGAGCGACGAGUCCUUGCUUUCGGACUGCCGCGUAGUGAAGGGGCUCGCGACUCCAAAGCACGUGGGGACGUUCUCGCCCCGCCGGCUCUUCUCGUCACGAAGAUCUCAGUCUCUGAAAGCUGUAGAGAUGAAUGAUGUGCUUCGUAUAUCGUGA